UCAGCCACUUCCUUUGAUCAGAGUGAGGUGGAAAAAAAGAUAAGGGUGAGGCAACUGAAAGCAACCUGGGGCUAAAGAAAGAAACAGCGUUUCCACAGACAAAGAGAGAAAGAGACAAGGAGGGAGAACCAUGAACACACUCAGGACAGGUGUGUUUUUGCUGUUCGGGUUCCUGGUGCCUGUAUCCUGUUCAGAGCCUUUUUUUAACGACCUGGUCAUCUGCUACUUCCUGGACGCAUUCCUCAUGGUUUACUGCAUCACCGUCACUGGUUUCUUCUUUAGAGCAAAGUUUGCCAACCUCCCAGCUGAGGAAGUUAAAAUACCGCAGGACACUAAUGGGAUUUACCAGGAACUUGAGAGACCAGUGGAUGCCGAUCCUUACCAGGUGCUUGAACCAUCAAAAAGAAAGAAAAAAGCCAAGAAGAAGAGGAAAACUGAGACUACCCAACCUGCGGCCAUAGAAAUGGAUGUUUUUGAAUCAAUGGUCUCCACUUCUUCCACUGCUCCAAGUAGGCGUCCUCCUCAGUGAUUUUCUGCAUGGUCACUUGUGUUGCAGGAAAGUGUUGUUAAUGUUGCUGUAAACUGCUGAGCUCUCAUCUACAGCCAGGAAUAGUUCAUCAUUUCUCAUUGUUACUGUUAUAUGAGACAACCGACUCCAUUUAUGUGUGUUGUUUGUGUCUAUGAUAAUAAAUAUGGAUUCAGAGCUGAUGGGAAGCAAUAAGAUAGCUUAGCUUAGCAUACAGACUGAAAUCAGGAGAAAACGCUUUAAAAAGUUUGGCUUUUCCCAAAGUUCAAAAACAGCAACAGCUUGACAGGAAAUAGAUAUAAGGUUGGUUCACAAGAGGGAAUGUUUGCUGAAAAUAAAUCAGUCAAGUUCAAGUUUAUUGUUAUUUAAAGCAUACAUUCACAUAUAUAACAGAGUGAGUGAUGACAUUUUCUGGGGUCAAAGUGUAGCUACAAUAAGUAAUAGUGCAAGACAAAUAAUUAAAGAGAGCUUAAAACAGUAGGGUAUUUAAAUUAUAUUUUAUAUUAAGGCAUUACUGUUGAAUGGCCUUUGGGAAAUGUGGGAAACAAAUUUUAAAAUAUGAAUAUUUUCUUAUUUGAGCUAGCCUCUGGAAAUAUCUUCAAAAACAAGAAAAGUAUAAAAAGAAGGUUUCUGUGGCUGGAAUAUGUGAAAAAAGGCUAACUUUGUAAGAUACAUGCUUGAUUUGAUUAACUUUGACUGAUGAUAAUAGAAGAAUGAUUACAGCAAACAAAACCUAUUUCAAUAUAUAUAUAUACAUACACCUGACUGAUUAUUAGACUUGAAGCAUUAUGAACCUGUCAUUUAACAAGUGCCCUGUAACAAAAAAAAAAGGAAAAAUACAUUUCCCAGUUAUAACUCUG